AAUUGACUUGUUGUAAUCGUCCCGUGUGUGGGAUAGAACUGGCGUGAACGGGCCGAUGGCCGGCACGCACUUGGUGGGCUGAAGGGCCUGUUUCAACUCUGCAUUUCUAAACUAAACUAGACUUGGCACGCGUGUGAACAAACCACUUGUGCCUUGAAUCCAGGCAGCAAAAUAUUGAUUCUGUUUGUUCGAAAGCUGGUUAAAACCUCCGUAACUUAUUCCUGUCUCAGUUACGACAAAGACACAGUCGUCCAGAAUCUAAUUUGUUCCACAGACGCCGCCUAACUUGCUGAGUAUUUUCGUGCUUUUAUUUCAGAAUUCCAGCAUCUGCAGUUUUUAUUUUAUUUUUAUAUAAUGUGUUACUGUGAAGUGGUUGAGGUGCCCGGGUGAAUUGCAAGGAAGAGGCAGUUAAGAUGAACUUGGCUUUGGAAGACGACACACAAGAAGAUAGCUGAAAUAAAACACAUCUGGUCAGCCAACCAACCACAUCCUAUUUACAGGGACAUGUUAUUCAUUGUGCUAUUGAAACCGAGCGAGGGAUGUUUGUUUCCUGCUCUCGAUCUUGUUGAGGGACACUUGCCAACUCUUUGGUGUCGUUGAAGAGAAAGAACAUUAAGGUAGAUCAGACAGUGGGACCAAGGACAACACUGGGAUAUUCAUGGGCUGGACUGACUCAUUCGACAUGGGAUUUACCAUGGAUAAUUUUGAUUGGAUUGACAAUAUGAGUUUUAAUUACAAUGAGAGUCUGUAUGGCCAGGACAAUGGCCUGGACGAUGACACCUAUAUCGACGACACCUGCGAAACGUACAGCACAGAACCGUUUAAGAAAGUCUUUCUUCCUGCGUUUUAUUCCACCAUCUUUGCCGCGGGGAUCCUGGGGAAUGCGAUGACCAUUGCCGUUUUCCUGAGGAACAGGCAGACCAUGGCCAUGACCGACACCUUAAUCCUCCACUUAUCAAUCGCCGACAUCCUGCUGGCUCUAACCCUGCCCUUCUGGGCCGUGGAAGCGGUGAAAGGCUGGAUUUUUGAGGCGUUUGCUUGCAAAAUCUUCGGGGCCAUGCUGAACAUCAACUUCAACAGCGGCAUUUUCCUGCUGAGCGGCAUCAGCGUCCAGCGUUACCUCUCCAUCGUCCACGCCGUCCAAAUGUACAACAAACCCAGGUCCAUGGUGGUGCACGUCUGCUGCCUUGUGGUCUGGGUCUUCUGCCAUAUCUUGGCCAUCCCCGAUUUCAUCUUCCUGGAGAAGUACCAGCUGAACGGCACGUGGCAAUGCCAAUAUAAAUUUGAUCGCGAAACUGGCAAGAAUUGGAUAGUGGGCUUGCGUUGCCUGCAUCAAGUGGUCACUUUCCUUAUCCCUCUGUCAGUCAUUCUCUACUGCUACUUCAUGAUCAUCAUAACUCUGCGAGGGUCCCAUAACGUGCAGAGGAACAAGGAGGUCCGGGCCAUGAAGGUCAUUGUCAUAGUUGUUGCUGCUUUCCUCUUCUGCUGGGUCCCGUACAAUGUGGUCAUCUUCAUUGACACGUUGCAGAGGAUGGGCUUCCUCGCUCCGGGCUGUGCCCUGGGGUCCAGCUUGGACAUUGCAAUCUGGGUCACAUCCAGCCUGGGCUACUUCCACUGUUGCCUCAACCCCUUCCUGUAUGCCUUUGUCGGUGUCAAGUUCAGGAGGAACUUGCUGCAAAUCUUCCACGACAUUGGCUGCAUCACCCACAAGACAGUGAAGAAAUACGCCCGGACCACCAACAGGGAGACCACCUCUCAGUGUCACUCAGGGGAUACGACCAACUCCGGUUUCUAAGGCGAAUAAAACGGAUCCAAACUCACUGAAGUAUAUUUCAAUAAUUGCACCCCCCCUUUGAAUCGAACGUUGGUGAAUUCACAUCCACCACUGGAAAGCUGAACAGGCAAUCCUGCCUUACAUUUUAGUGUAAUUUGACUAAUAUACUUAACUUUUAAUUCAUUGGCCUUCAAAUGCUCUCAUAGAUACAAGUGGCAGAUCCUUAAAUCCAAUGAACUAGUCAAGUCUAAUGUGGCUCCCGAGCUUCACCCCUCGUCCAGCGAAUGGCCACAGCCUCAAGUUGUUGGUCAACUUGUUCGAUUUGAUCAUAUUUGAUUGUGCAUGUCGCGUUGAUUGCAUUUGUCAAAACAGGGCGGACCAUGUGAAAGUUGCAACCUCCCACCCUCUACACCCAUGGCAGGAACGCAAGGAUUGAAACUAGAUUUUGCUUGUGAGUUAUUUCACAGCCCAUUGAGGAAACUUAAGGACAAAUUGUAAAUCCAGUCAAUAGACAAUAGGUGCAGGAGUAGGCCAUUCGGCCCUUUGAGCCAGCACCGCCAUUCAAUGUGAUCAUGGCUGAUCAUCCCCAAUCAGUACCCCGUUCCUGCCAUCUCCCCAUAUCCCCUGACUCCGCUAUUUUAAAGAGCCCUAUCUAGCUCUCUCGUGAAAGCAUUCAGAGAACCGGCCUCCACUCAGAGAAUUCCACAGACUCACCACUCUCUGUGAGAAAAAGUGUUUCCUCAUCUCCGUUCUAAAUGGCUCACUCCUUAUUCUAAAACCGUGGCCCCUGUGGCCCAUCGGCAGCAAGCCACAAUCAUACACGUUUAGAAACUGACAGAUAUAAAAUUGCAGGAAUCGUAAAACAUAGAACAGUACAACACAGGAACAGGCCCCCCAGCCCACAAUGUUUGUGCCAAACAAGACGACUAGUUAAACUGAUCUCAUCUGCCUGCCAUGCUCCAUAUCCCUCUAUUCCCUACACAUCCACGUGCCUGUCUAACACCCUGUUAAAUGCCACUAUCACACCACGCCAGGCAGCCCGUUCCAGGCACCCACCCUCUGUGUAAAAUCUUGCCCCACACAUCUCCAUUAAGCUUUCACCCUGACCUCAUAGCAUUGCCUGCUAGUGUUGGACAUGUCCACCCCGAGAUAAAGAUUCUGACUGUCUACCCUAUCUGUGCCUCUCAUAAUUCUACAAGCUUCUCUCAAGUCUCCCUUUGACCUCCCGAUCCAUGUAUCCACUAUGCCAUAUAACCAUAUAACCGUAUAACAAUUACAGCACGGAAACAGGCCAUCUCGGCCCUACAAGUCCGUGCCGAACAACUUUUUUUUCCCUUAGUCCCACCUGCCUGCACUCAUACCAUAACCCUCCAUUCCCUUCUCAUCCAUAUGCCUAUCCAAUUUAUUUUUAAAUGAUACCAAUGAACCUGCCUCCACCACUUCCACUGGAAGCUCAUUCCACACCGCUACCACUCUCCGAGUAAAGAAGUUCCCCCUCAUGUUACCCCUAAACUUCUGUCCCUUAAUUCUGAAGUCAUGUCCUCUUGUUUGAAUCUUCCCUACUCUCAAAGGGAAAAGCUUGUCCACAUCAACUCUGCCUAUCCCUCUCAUCAUUUUAAAGACCUCUAUCAAGUACCCCCUUAACCUUCUGCGCUCCAGAGAAUAAAGACCUAACUUAUUCAACCUAUCUCUGUAACUUAGUUGUUGAAACCCAGGCAACUUUCUAGUAAAUGCCAAUAAUUUUCUGAUAGGCUCUUCCAGUGGGGUGAGGCGGAAGACCAAGUUUGCAUAUUUCAAAGAUGGAUCUCAAAAUCACCUUAUAAACCACCUCGAGUUCAUGUAAUAGGCCAUUCGGCCCAUCAAGUCUACUCCGCCAUUCAAUGAUCUAUCUCCCCCUCCUAACCCCAUUCUCCUGCCUUCUCCCCACAACCCCCGACACCCGAACUAAUCAAUAAUCCGUCUAUCUCUGCCUUAAAAAUAUCCAUUGACUUGUGGCCUCCACAGCCGUCUGUGGCAAAGAAUUCCCACAGAUUCACCACCCGCAACAGCGAAUGUCCAUGGAGAUAUCAGAGUUCUGAUACCAGGAGAUAAAUCCUGGCCUGGCCAAAAAAAACCCAUUAUAAAUAAUGGCAAGGAUAACUAUUUUUUGCAGUUCAUUAUGAAGAUUAAAAUGUGUAAGAGGGAGAUGCUGGAUUUCACCGAAGAUAGAUAUGUUGGAAGAAGGGUCUCGACCCGAAACGUCACCCUUCCUUCUCCCCAGAAAUGCUGCCUGACCCGCUGAGUUACCCCAGCAUUUUUGCGUCCAUCUAAAAGGGAACCCUUGUUUGGCACCGUAUAUUCAGACCAAAGAAUUGUCGGUAGACUAAAGUGCUGGAGUAACUCAGCGGGUGCAGCAGCAUCCAUGGAGCGAAGGAAAUAGGCAACGUUUCGGGACGAAACCCUUCCGGGUUUCGACCCGAAACGUUGCCUAUUUCCUUUGGGUUUCAGCCCGAAACGUUGCCUAUUUCCUUCGCUCCACAUAGACGCUGCUGCACCCGCUGAGUUUCUCCAGCACUUUAGUCUACCUUCGAUUUUCCAGCACCUGCAGUUCCUUCUAAAACAAGAACGAACAGUCGGUAGUUCAGGCUGAGACUGAAGCGAUUGGAAUCUCACUAACUCAGUUUCAAUCAGGUUGGAGGGAGCGCAGAUCUGCUGACACGCACACACACGUGCACACGCACACACACGCACACACACACACACACACACGCACGCACACACACACGCACGCACACACACACGCACACACACACGCACACGCACACACACCACAAAGCCAUAACAUGUGGUCCACAGUAAGACCAUGAUGUGCCGAUCUUCAAUUAGCAAAACCAAAUCGCAGCUUCAUUUGAUUCUUGCUUCAGCUUUUGCAAUGAAAUAGACCGUGUGGAGAAUUCUUGAGACAUUAUUUUUUAAAUGACGAACUUUAAAAUCAAGUUAUUAUUUUGCUUAGACCAAAGAGGACAAGGCGAGGUGGCGAUGCACAUAUUGAACUCAGCUACUGCUCUGCUGUUUCUGAAAUCUGAAACCAAUUAUUGUAUUUCUUGUGAAAUAAUCUGAGAACCAAGUCAUUGUUGUGUAAGGCAAAUAAAGCAUU